CAGCUAAAAUCACAUGAUUCUCACGUAGACAACCAAGGAUGGGGCAAGAAUUAGGUUAGACAAAUGUAAGCCUUUCUGUUCAAAUAGGUACGCGUGAAAAACCUACCAAACACCGUCCUAUACUUUCGCUAUUACCGCCAAACUUCUGGAUCGUGAGAUGACGGGCUUUCGGCGUCGCCUGCUCCUGUUUUUCCUGCUUGUCGCCCCGCCAACUUUGCUGUACGCCAAGCCGACGGGGUGGGAGGGGGGCGGCAACAAAUAUGUACGGAAACAGCAACCGGUACCUCACAGAUCGCCAGUGGUUCUCAUCCCAGGAGACGGAGGUUCCCAGCUCGAGGCCAAGCUGAACAAGCCGUCCUCCCCGCACUAUUUCUGCGACAAGACAACGGAAGACUACUUCGACCUGUGGCUGAACAUUGAGCUGCUGCUGCCCUACGUGCUGGACUGCUGGGUCGACAACAUGAAACUGCUGUAUCACAAAGAGAACAAUACUGUAUCCAACAACGUGGGAGUGGACAUCCGAGUGCCGGGGUUCGGGGACACGGAGACGGUUGAGUGGCUGGACGUCAGUCAUGCCAGCAUCAGUUCAUACUUCACCAACAUAGCAGAGGCGCUGGUUAAGGCAGGGUACACCCGAGGGGUGGCCCUCCGCGGAGCACCCUACGAUUUCAGGAUGUCACAUGUAAGUCUCUAUUGUGUCAACCCAUGGUUUGGUUGUUUUUUUGUGUGUUUUUCGCCUUUUUCUAAACCCCUAUGGUUCAACCCACACCGACUGAAUCUUGGCUUGCUUUUUAUUGGCUUGCUUUUUAAUCUAUUGAUCUUGUUUUCCCCAGACCGGCGAGACGUGGACUUCCCGAUGUUUAAACAGCUGAUCGAGGAGACGUACUACAAGAACAACAACAGCCGGGUGGUGCUGGUGACCCACAGCAUGGGGGGGCCGUACGGGCUGCUGUUCCUCAACAACAUGGACCAGCCAUGGAAGGACAAGUUCAUCAAGUCCAUGGUCACCCUGGCAGGCCCCUGGGGAGGGGCGGCCAAAACUCUGCGGCUGUACAUCUCAGGAGACAACCUGGGAAUCUACGUGGUGAACCCGUUGUCGCUCCGACCUGAGCAGCGCUCGUUCCCUAGCAGCGCCUGGAUGAUGCCGUCCCCGUUGCUAUGGGAUACGAACGAGCCCCUGGUCUUCACGCCGGACCGUAACUACACCAUCGGCGACUACGCCGCGCUGUUCGAUGACCUUGAGUAUGAGCAGGGAUGGCUGAUGAGGAAGGACGUGGAGGGGCUCAUCGGAGACCUGACACCGCCCGGAGUGACGGUCCACUGUCUGCACGGCAACAAGGUGAAGACGCCACACCAGUUCUCCUACACAGCGAAGGAGUUUCCCGACCUGCAGCCCACUGUGAUCUACGGAGACGGGGACGGAACGGUCAACCUGAACAGCGCGCGGGGGUGCCUCCGGUGGCGUGACCAACAAAAACAGCCCGUUUUCUACAAGACGUUCGAAGGGGCGGAGCACAUGAAAAUCCUGGCCAACCAGACGGUCAUCGAGUACAUCAAGGAUGUCGUGUUCAGCCCGGACGUGAGCGACUUGUGACUAGAGCGGGAGAGAGACGCAGUGGCGGUACCCGGGAUGCGGGGGUUGGAACGGUUCCUGGGAGGUUCCAACAUGCUCCUGUGUGUGUGUGCUCUGCAGAGUGCCGUGGUGUUACUCCUGGUGUCCCUCUGUCUGGCCAGGAACAGGAACCAGACAGUCCGGAAGGCAGUACUGCUGAGGAAGGCACACAGAUGACGUCUGAUUUUAUACAUCCUUCUACGCAGGGACAUCCAACAGCAAAAGCGCC